UUCACUCUGUUCGGAAGAUAACUUCUCUAACAGCGCUAACCCAGCAGUGCUUAGGAAAGACAGAUAGAGUCAGGCAGCGGCAAGGGGUGGCUGUACGACCCUCUUUUGGGGGGGUCUGAUUAUUACAAAAAAAUAUACACACAUAUAUGCAUGCCCCGGCCGCAAGAUAGGUCAUAUGACGAUAAUAGUUAUUUUAGAAAGCAUAUAGCUAUAUAUCUAUACAUUUAAGAUGCCUAUUUUACUUUUCCUGAUAGACACGUCCGCUUCUAUGAAUCAGCGCACUUAUUUGGGUACGACGUAUCUGGACAUUGCUAAAGGCGCGGUUGAGAUCUUUAUGAAGCUGCGUGCCCGAGACCCGGCUAGUAGAGGCGACAGGUACAUGCUAGUUACAUUCGAUGAUCCGCCAUACGGAGUUAAGGCGGGCUGGAAGGAGAACCAUGCCACGUUUAUGAGUGAACUGAAGAACCUGCAGGCGUCUGGACUGACCACUCUGGGUCACGCUCUCCGCGCGGCCUUUGACCUACUCAACCUAAACCGCCUUGUCUCUGGCAUCGACAACUAUGGACAGGGCCGUAACCCGUUCUUUCUGGAGCCGUCGGUGAUCAUCACCAUCACGGAUGGGAACAAGCUGACUCACACCUCUGGGGUGCCGGAUGAGCUCCACCUGCCCCUGACCUCUCCACUGCCAGGCAGUGAGCUGACCAAGGAGCCAUUCCGGUGGGACCAGCGUCUCUUCGCCCUGGUGCUGCGUCUCCCUGGGGCAGCCACGCCCGACAGCGAGCAGCUGGGCAGCGUCCCCAACGACGAGUCUGCCAUCACCCAGAUGUGUGAGGUCACUGGAGGUCGGUCAUACUGUGUACGGACUCAGAGGAUGCUGAACCAGUGUCUGGACUCUCUGGUCCAGAAGGUUCUGAGUGGUGUCGUCAUUAACUUUGAAAAGACAGGGCCAGAUCCGCCUCUGGUAGGCGAAGAUGGUAUGGUUGACCCGAGCCGGCCCGUGUUGUCCUUCAGCCCACAGCCCUGGCACAGCUGCCACAAGCUCAUCUACGUGCGACCCAACCCCAAGACAGGGGUGCCUGUAGGCCACUGGCCCAUCCCUGAGUCCUUCUGGCCGGACCAGAACUCCCCCGCUCUGCCUCCUCGCUCUGCUCACCCUAUGGUGCGUUUCACCUGUGUGGACUGUGAGCCCAUGGUGAUUGACAAGCUACCCUUUGACAAGUACGAACUGGAGCCCUCGCCACUCACCCAGUACAUCCUGGAGAGGAAGUCUCCACACAUGUGCUGGCAGGUCUUUGUGAACAGUAGUGGAAAGCACAGUGACCUAGCCCAGCCCUUUGGCUACCUGAAGGCCAGCACCACUCUCUCCUGUGUCAACCUCUUUGUUAUGCCUUACAACUACCCAGUUGUUUUGCCACUCCUUGAUGACCUGUUUAAAGUGCACAAACUGAAGCCAAACCUAAAGUGGCGGCAGGCCUUUGAGAUCUACCUGAAGACCAUGCCUCCUUACUUUCUCUUGCCAUUGAAGAAGGCACUGAGAAUGAUGGGAGCGCCCAACCUCAUCUCCGACAACAUGGACUGUGGCCUCAGCUACAGUGUCAUCUCCUACCUAAAGAAGCUUAGCCAGCAGGCAAAGAUGGAGUCGGAUCGCCUGAUCGUGUCUGUAGGGAAGAAGGCUCCCCAAGAGACUGGGAUAAAGGUGAAGAACCACUCCAACACCCUGUCCCUGGCCCACCGCAAAGACUUCAAGCAGCUCCUGCAGGGUAUCACCGGAGAGAUGUCCCUCCGCCUUGCAGACAUCAACUUCAAGGAGUUUGCCGGCUUUCAGAUUGCACUGCUCAACAAGGAUCUAAAGCCUCAGGCGUAUCGGAACGCCUAUGACAUCCCAAGACGGAACCUUCUGGAUCAGCUGACACGGAUGCGCUCCAACCUUCUGAGGACUACUCAGAAACUUAUCAGAGGACAAGAUGAAGACUACCUUCACAGUAUACCCAUGGUUCAGAUGGGCAACUAUCAGGAGUAUCUAAAGAUGAUGCCGUCUCCUCUGAGAGAGAUCGACCCUGACCAACCCAAACGCCUGCACACCUUCGGCAACCCAUUCAAACAGGACAAGAAGGGGAUGAUGAUUGAUGAGGCAGAUGAGUUUGUAACGGGUCCCCAAAGCAAGAAGAGAGGCAUUACGGGGGACCCCAACUCGGGGGCUGCUCUGAAGAGAAGGCGGAGUAUGUCCCCUUUAUUGCGUCGACCCCAGACUCCACCAAUCAUCACCAACCAUGUAGUGGGGAAGGGGUCCAAUGGGAACGGGGCCCAGGGCCAGGAUGGCAUCAUCAAGCCCAUCCCACUGCACAAAGGUAGGGGAGCAGUGGGGAACAGCGUGCUGGGCACAGAGAGUAACGGGGAGGGGGGUGUGGGGCCUGAAUCAGGGGACGGCUGGCCUGGAAUGGUGGUGGACGGUGUGGGAGGGGGCACAAAUGCACUCAUCCUGGAGGAGAGAGAGAGUGAGAGGCCUGGGAUGUGUGCGGGGGACAGUGGGGAGGACAGUGGCGUGGAGGAGGACAGGUUAGGGGAGGGUGGCCUGGAUGAGCGGCCCCCCUCAGAGAGACAGCAGCAAGGCUGUGAGGGGGACCAGGAGGGAGAGCUGGAGGGAGAUGAAAAUGGAGCAGACCAAGCUGAGCCUGAGGCGGUCACCAUAGCCCCACUAGAUGGCAGCAAUGCUGAGCUGCGCACACGGGUCAUCAAGGAGGUCCGCAAACCUGGCCGCAACUAUGAGACCAUAUUCAGGCUGCUGGAGGAGGUGAAGGGGUCUGUGACGGUCCAGAGGUACUUCAUCCAUCACGCGAUCAAGGAGGCUGCCAGGUUUAAGAAGCGGGUGCUGAUCCAGCAGUUGGAGACAGCUCUGGAGUUGAUUGAGGAGAAGGAGCUGCAGCUCCCUGCUGUCCGCCUUUACAACGACCAUGGUAGAUAGUGAAGAAGUGGCCUGCAGAGGUCCCUACUCAGAAACACAAAGACAUGUACAGGAACAGGGUACUCUCCUUCACAAGACAUGGACAGGAACAGGGUACUCUCCUUCACAAGACAUGUACAGGAACAGGGUACUCUCCUUCACAGACAUGUACAGGAACAGGGUACUCUCCUUCACAAGACAUGUACAGGAACAGGGUACUCUCCUUCACAAGACAUGGACAGGAACAGGGUACUCUCCUUCACAAGACAUGGACAGGAACAGGGUACUCUCCUUCACAAGACAUGGACAGGAACAGGGUACUCUCCUUCACAAGACAUGGACAGGAACAGGGUACUCUCCUUCACAGACAUGUACAGGAACAGGGUGCUCUCCUUCACAAGACAUGGACAGGAACAGGGUACUCUCCUUCACAAGACAUGUACAGGAACAAGGUACUCUCCUUCACAGACAUGUACAGGAACAGGGUGCUCUCCUUCACAAGACAUGGACAGGAACAGGGUACUCUCCUUCACAGACAUGUACAGGAACAGGGUGCUCUCCUUCACAAGACAUGGACAGGAACAGGGUACUCUCCUUCACAAGACAUGUACAGGAACAGGGUACUCUCCUUCACAAGACAUGGACAGGAACAGGGUACUCUCCUUCACAAGACAUGGACAGGAACAGGGUACUCUCCUGAUUUACACAUGGUCCAACAACACCCCAUAGGAUGUAAAGUUGGGUGUUGAAUGGAGAGAAAGAAGGAGGCAAUAUAGGAGACGACAGAGAGCUGAGGUCCCUCCCUAUCUAUGUGUUGUGACAUUGUGCCUCAACAGCACUCACACAUGGAGAUGGAAGGGUCAGGGGUUAUAAUUUGGGAGGGAGGAGGAGGGUAGGGCCAGAGCCAGACCAAUGUGGGGAUAAGUUAAGAGACUCUGGAUGUAAUCCACUCCAUUAGUGACUGCUGCCAUUGCUGACCAUAUGGCUAAUUCAGUUUGUCCACAGAAAUUCAGUCAUUCACACACACACACACACACACACACACACACACACACACACACACACACACACACACACACACACACACACACACACACACACACACACACACACACACACACACACACACACACACACACACACACACACACACACACACCAUAGACUUAGAUAGACAUCGCAUCAAUGAAUCUAUCUCUUUAUGCCGUCUGUGAGAGCAUGGGCAGUGCCAUUGAGGCCAUCUCCAUUUUGAAGUAGCCCAUUUUCUUAUUCUACUACUUCUAUGAGUUGGUAAACAAACUGAAAGGGCGCAUACUGUCCUCUAGAGUGUGUUGUUUGAACAGGUAUAAAGCCAAGGUUUUGCUCACAAGUGUAAUUAUUUGGCUUGUCCCUUCAUGUGAUCCUUCCUUAACCCAUAGGUAGUCCCACCCAGUUGACUACUUCAAAAUGGUGAAAGUCCUUAAUGGCGCUGCCCAUGCUCAAACUGGCUUUUGGGAACUAGUUCUCUAUUUAUCUCUAUGACAGACACACACACCUUUUGAAUCAGGUCUUGCACACACUGUAGUGCAGUUCUGAUUAGUCAUUAUAGGACAGGAAGGAUUUUUCAUGUGAGGCAUGUAAUAAUGGAACUCUUAUUACAGCAAUUUUACAUGUAGUGUAAUUACUAGUAAUACUGGUAAUGACUAUUGACAAUACAGCUGUAGGACAAAUGUGCUCACAUUACAGUUUAGAGCAAUAAGGAUAUCUGCCAACUGAUCAGAAGGUUUAACAUUAGCCUAUUUAUGUUUGGCCUAGAAAUAUACAUUUGAUGUAAGAAACACACUGUGUACUGACUACAUAGGUGUUGUGGCUCACAUGAGAAAUCUGAUCUACCUCAAGUCUUCUAGGUGUUGGAGUGCUGUGGGUAUUUUGUGUUGCAUGGGCCUGCAGGAAAAUAAUACCAUGUCAAAUGACAUACUGACCUAAGAUGCCCUCCAUGGAUCAACUGUCCCAGCAUGGGAGCUGUCCUCAAAGCAAUAGCACACUUCAUGUAGGCUAUGUUCAGAACGUGUGGACUUGGUUCAAUAAAACAUUGGUGCAGUCACUGAGAGGACGCCAGCUGUUGGGGUCCAUCUUGAGGGUCUGGACUGGAGCCUGGCCUGCUGUCUCCACUCUCUCUCUCUCCCUGCCUUCUCCUCGGCACUCUAGUGCAUUAUAUACGGAAUAGGGUGCCAUUUUGGAAGCACCCUGAGUGUCACAGUCUCCCCAUUGAUUCUCUGCUCCCCGUUUGUCGGUCACCUUUUUCUGGACUAGCACAGCUGGGGAACAACCAACCUUCUGUAUUUCAGAGAACAAACACAAGCUACCCAUUUCUCUUUUGUCUUCCCCCCCAAAGUUUCUUUUCUUAAAAUGAAAGAUUGUAUUUUAUUGUUCAUAAAUCUAAACUAUUUUUGGAUGGUGUUCAUACCAGAACAUAAAAAAAGAGAAUAUUUUGAGAGUAAAAAUUGUAUAAAGGCCAUUUUGUUAACUGUUAUAUAUAAAAUUUAAAAUGUACAAUUCUUUUUUAAAUAAACAUAAAAUAAAAGAAACAAAUUACAAAAUGUACUAUGAAGUGUAUUAUUAAAUAUGUUGUGCACUUAUUAGUAAGUGGAA